UCACACCGCUUCGCACGUUUUUAUGCGGCGUUAUUAUUUUUUGUUGCUUUCUGACGUAAAUCUGUAGUUGUUAAAGCCCCGAAAAUCGUGCUUCCACUCGUAAGGCUUAAGUGAAUGGUUAAUAAUAUUAUGUGAUAACACCAAAACAAACAAAUCAAGAUAUAGUGAGUGGAAGAACCCAAAAGACAGCGCCGAUACACAGGAUACAUAUAUAAAGACGUUUUCAAAAAUAAGGAGAGGCAGACUUGAAAAGACUGCCCCAAUCACCCAGUUCUACCCACAUCCCCCCACAACAACUUCGCCAGCAUGUUGCGUAACACGCCUCUCGGGGCCACGCCCACCUACAAACUACUCCUGGGCUUUGGACUCUGCUCCCUUGGAGGAGCCAUGCUAUAUGCCUACUUCAAGACUCGAAACGACGAGGAGGAAGCGGACGCAAGUGGCCAACGGCAGGCACCCGGGAUUAGAGGACAGUCGAAUGAACAGAAGCCCCAGAAGGAAGUGUGCCUCAAAAUCGUGGUGGACAACGAGCAUGUGCCCCUGAUAAUGGGACGCGGUGGAUCCAAUAUCAAGCUGAUUGAAGAAAAGACCUUGGCCAAGAUAAGAUUACGGGACAAAGACAGUGGUCACAAAUUCUGCGACAUAAACGGCGUUCCUGAUGCGGUCAAGGCAGCUCGUGUCCUGCUGAUCAAGGAGAUUGAACGUGCGCCCGUAGUGAAAGUGGAACUACAGGUGCCGCAGAGACUGGCCAGCAAACUAAAUGGACGCGGUGGCGAGCUCCUCCAGGAGAUCCGGAGCAGUUCGCUGGCCAAACUGAAUAUCGAUUUGAAUGGGCGGAAUGGGAAGGCCAAGAUUACGAUUAUCGGCAAUCAAAAGCAAGUGAACAUAGCGCGAAAAAUGCUCGAUGAUCAGAUAGAGGAGGAUGAGGAACUCGUGCGAUCCAUGGAGGAGGUGGAACAGCGUCGCGAACCCCGUCGAUCUCCCACCAACAGCAUUGCGUCCUCCAGCAUGUACUCCUCCCAGACAUCCCUUAGCUCUCACACACAGCCCAGGGAUAAGCUAAUGGCCUCCAAGGGCGAGGGCAAGCCAAUGGAGGUUUACGUGUCCGCCGUGGCAUCGCCUACUAAAUUCUGGGUGCAGCUUAUCGGACCGCAGUCCAAGAAGCUCGAUAGCAUGGUCCACGAGAUGACCAGCUAUUAUAGUAGUGCGGAAAACAGAGCCAAGCACGUGCUCACUGCUCCCUAUGUGGGUCAGAUUGUGGCAGCUGUCUUCAAGUUCGACGAGAAGUGGUAUCGCGCCGAAAUCGUGGACAUUAUGCCCAAUCAGUACAAUCCAAAGGAGCAGGUGAUUGAUCUCUACUUUGUGGAUUAUGGCGAUAGCGAAUAUAUUUCGCCAGCUGAUAUUUGCGAGCUGCGCACUGAUUUCCUCACGCUCAGGUUUCAAGCUGUUGAAUGCUUCUUGGCCAAUGUAAAGUCUACCAUCCAGACUGAGCCUAUUACCUGGCCAAAGUCCUCAAUCGCGAAAUUCGAAGAGCUGACAGAGGUGGCACACUGGAGAAAGCUGAUUGCUCGAGUGGUGACCUACAAGGAGCGUCCUCAGGCAACAACCGCUGUAAACUCCGCCGCCAAGGAGGGAACCCCGCUGCCCGGAGUGGAACUUUUCGAUCCAGCCGAUAACUCUGAACUGAAUAUUGGCGAUCUGAUGAUCACCCAGGGCUUUGCCCUGCCCCUGGACGAUUCGUAUCCAGUGCGGUCACGCUCCUCGACGCCCUCAAGUAACAGUGAUUCCACCAUUGAGGAGUUGUGCGUCAGCAAUCCAGUGACUCCGCUCACGCCUCACUCACCCAUGUCGAUGUCCAUUGAUGUAGAGAGCAUUACGCAGGCGGAGGACGAACAUCUCGCCCAGCAGCUGCAGCAUUUGCAGCACAAACUAAACGCUAACGACAUUAAAUCCAUUAAUCCGGUUAAAUUAACGGCUACAGACCUCGAAAACGGGAAUAACAACAAUGCCAGAACCACAAAUGGUGGUAGCGCGCAUUAGGAAUCCACAUUGUUACUAGUUAUCCUCGCCUAAUUGUUUAUAAGAUGAAGGCUGGAUGGGCAGCUCACUACUUGACGUGUACAUAAAAGUAUAGCUUUUAAGGAACUUAUUAUAUAGGUACGAAAGAAAUGUGUUUAAUUUAUCGCCGUGACUGAUCAACAUAUCCUAGAUCCUAAAAGCUGACGAUGGAACGGCACAGAUCCUUAAUUGUUUAUAGCAACCUUUGCCAUGUUACUUAUUGUUAGCAAGAACAAGAAAAACAUUUGUACAUCAACAAAAAAUACACAAGAGAUCACAAAUUUAUCAAAAGAAAUGCAUUUUAUACGAAGAUCAAA